GGUUACUUUAGUCUUCAUGAAGUUGACUCGUCCUGUUACAUUUCUGCCUGUGGGGCUUGGCUUUCGACUUAAAAAUGUCAAAAUGUCUGCCACAACUACCCUUUUUAUUUCACUCUUUCCAAAACCCAAACCAUUUUCUAUUUCCUUAUCCCGGAAUAGAGACACCCAUCUCCCAAUAUGGCUGAUUCAGUCAGAAAUCGAGCCACUGUCGAUGAUGUAAAUCUUGGAGUUCUUGAACAAGAAGCUCUCAUUGAUGGGUUCUCAACUUUUGUUUCUGCUGGACUCAACGCCACUCUCAAUAGCCUGGUUGGUUGAUGGUGAGUAAGUGGCUUGUGGCUGCAGUUUUUUGUAUAAUCCUCCUUUGGAGACAUGACACAGAAGCAAUUUGGGCAGCCUCUGGUUCUGUUCUGAAUGCUUGGCUCUCAACUGUAUUGAAGAGAAUACUAAACCAGGAGCGACCUGUUUCUACAAUAAGAUCAGAUCCAGGAAUGCCAUCUUCUCAUGCACAGUCAAUCUUCUAUACACUGAUGUUCUGUAUUGUCUCAAUGGUAGAGUAUUUUGGGUUAAAUGGAAUCACUGCAGUCAUGAGCGCACUUAUCUUUGCUAUUGGCUCCUACUUGUCAUGGCUACGGGUUUCUCAACAACUCCACACGAUCAGCCAAGUAGCCGUGGGUGCUGCACUAGGAUUCUCUUUCUCUGUUUUCUGGUUUUGGUUAUGGGAUGCAAUAGUCCUGAAAGUAUAUUUAUCCAACUUGUGGGUUCAGCUUAUUAUCGUUCUUGGCACUGCCACCAUUUGUGUCUGCUUUCUCCUAUAUGUGUUUCGAUACUGGGUUCUUGAGCAAAACUGAUUCUUUAUAUAGUGAAAAGUGUUUUGACAGACAUAUUGUCAUUUGC